UCGAGCUCAUCAAGCUCGAGACCAAAAAUUUAUCAUUGUGAUUAUGAGGGAUGUGAUAAGGUAUACUCGAGGCCAAGCUUGCUAACUCAACAUCAGCGAACCCAUACAGAUUCAAGGCCAUUUCAAUGUGAUCUUUGCGAUCGUGCUUUCUUUAGAGAUUCGCAUCUCAAGAGACAUAUAAUAUCCCAUGCUGAAGAUAAACCCUUCAAAUGUCUAGUAUGUGGGAAAGGAGUCAAUACAAAACAACAUUUGAAACGUCAUGAAAUAACACACACAAAAUCUUUCAAAUGUGAUCAAGAAGGCUGCGAGGAGGCGUUCUACAAACAUCAACAAUUGAGGCACCAUGUACAGUCAGUACAUUUGAAAGUUUUAACAUGUAAAGAGUGUGGCAAGACAUUCCCAAGACCAUAUAGAUUAGCAAAUCAUUUGACAAAACAUCACGGUGAGUCACCUGCUUAUCAAUGUACUUUCCCUGGAUGCUUCAAUAAUUUUAAAACAUGGUCUGCCUUACAACUACAUGUUAAAACUGAUCAUCCUAAAUUAACUUGUAACAUAUGUGGAAAGGGUUGUGUUGGGGAAGAAGGUCUUCGUAUGCACAUGGUUGUCCAUGAUACAGAAAAAUCUAUCAAAAGAUGGAAAUGUACUGAAUGUACCAGUGAAUAUCUUAAAAAAGAGGAACUUUUGAGACAUUGUCAGGAUGAUCAUGGUUUCAUUCCUACCAGUUUGCAAGAUUUAGCCAAAUCUGAUGAUGCAGAUAGAGAAAAGAGACAACAAUCACCACUAGUAAACUCUGCAAAAUUGCAGAAUUUUAUAUCCAAAGGUGGCUCUGCUUCAGAUUUGUUGCUAAAUGCAGUCGCAGCUCCAGUGAGAACUAUACCCUGUUCUUUCAAAAGUUGUUCGAGAAUGUUUAGAAGAGAUUACGACCUACAGAGACAUUUGGAAUGGCAUAAAAAGCAAAAAGAAAAAUUUAUUAGUAUUUUAGAUGCA